GUCCUUUCUCAUUGGUCAGUGAUGAACUAUGAGAUCACCGUGGUGACAGGAAAUGUGGGCUUCGCUGGCACCAACGCCCAGGUCUUCAUCCAGAUCUAUGGAGACAAAGGCAAGACUGAGGUCCUCAAACUCAAGAGCCGGUCCAACAACUUUGAGAAAAAAACCACAGAGAUAUUCAAGAUCGAGGCGACGGACGUGGGGAAGAUCUUCAAGGUGCGCAUCGGCCACGACGGCAGCGGCAUCGGCUCGGGGUGGUUCUUGGAACAGGUGGACGUCAAACACCUGGUGCUGGCCAUGGUGACGAGGGAGAAGAAGAAGGACGAC